UAUGUAUAUAAUAUUGAGAAUGAUUGUCAGUAUUGGAGUUUUAGGGUCAUGUUAUUAAAUACAUUUUUUCUUAUUUAACCUUUCACUAGUAAGUACCACAAUGAAUAAGGGCAAAGAAGUUGGAUCAUUUGCGAUGUGGGACAGAGAAGCAACAAAUAUUUUCUGUGAUCUAUGUCUUAAAGAGAUGGAGCUAGGAAAUAGACCUACGACAUAUUUUAACAAAGAAGGUUGGAAUAAUGUUUCUGUCAAAUUCAAAGAACUCACAAGCAGAGACUACGACAGGAUGAAAUUUAAGAACAAGUGGGAUCAAUUAAAAAAUGAUUGGAAAAUUUGGAAAGAACUUAAGAGGGGAACUACAGGUUUAGGCUGGGAUUCAUUGAAACGAACGAUAGAUGCUCCUGAGGAGUGGUGGGCUGAGAAACUACAGGUCGUGCCAGCAGCUAAGAAAUUCAAAAUGAAUGGUAUUGAUCGAGUAAUGGAAGAGAAGCUGGAUGGUAUGUUCAAAGGGGUUGUUGCAACGGGAGCACAUGCUUUCACCCCAUCUGAACAUGAGUUUAUUGGCACAACUAAUGCUCUUGGAACUGAUAAUAUAAGUGGCUCAGGAGAAGUAUCUUGUCAAAUCCAUAAGUCAGUUGAUGAAAGGCUUGCGGAAUCCUCAUCCAUUCCAAAACGGCGUAAGGUUGAGAAAAAGAAGAAAGGAGCGACAUUCGUCAGAAGCACAAUCGAAAAGCUUGUUGAAUCCUGUUCUGUUAAGCUUUAUGCAUCACAGGAUGUAUCCGUUGAGGGGUGUCUUCGAAUCCUAAAUACACAUGCUGAGGUGAAGGAAGAUAGAAAAUUUUAUCUCAACUGUGUUAAGUUACUACAAGGUCCAGUCCGUAGAUAAUUUUUUGUGAAGUUGGAGGCAGAAUAUCAAGUUGAUUUCUAACGUUCCUUCAUGGAGAACUAAAUGUUUGGAAAGCUUGUCGUUUCGUUAUCUCAA